AUGUGCACGGGAGGCUGUGCCAAGUGCCUGGGAGCCACCCUCAUCCCCCUGGCUGUGCUCUGCACCCUUGCCAACAUCUUGCUGUUUUUCCCUGGAGGAAAAACUGUUGAAGACAGUACUUACAUCACAAAUGAGGUCUGGUAUUUCGGAGGGAUGGCGGGAUCUGGCAUUUUGAUGAUCUUUCCUGCAUUGGUAUUUUUGGGCCUUCAGAAUAAUGAUUGCUGUGGAUGCUGCGGCAGCAGGAGCUGUGGCAAGAGGUUUGCGAUGUUUUCUUCUAUAAUAUUUGCUGCACUUGGAGUUCUGGGAGCUGGAUACUGCUUUGUUUUGUCAGCAGUAGCCAUAAACAAAGGCCCUAAAUGUUACACCGGAUCGCACUGGGAAUAUCCUUUCCAUGAUGGGGACUACCUAGGUAACCACACACUGUGGGACAAGUGUCAGUCACCCGAAAACAUUGUCCCGUGGAACCUGACCCUCUUCUCCUUGCUGCUCAUCAUGAGUGGGAUCCAGGCUGUGCUCUGCGGCAUUCAGGUGGUGAAUGGCCUGUUUGGAACACUCUGUGGGGACUGCAAAUGCUGUGGAUGUUGUGGGGGAGAUGGAACCGUCUAA